GCGUCAGAGAGAACUGACGUACAGGUGGACCCACCUGGAGGAUAUAAAAAGGCAGCAGCAAAGGGAGAGUUUAUUAAAGACGCUGCUCGGGAACAGGCGGUGCCCCAGGAUGGAUCUGAAGACAAUGAUGUUGCCGCUUUUGCUUCUCUUGUCCACAUUUGACUGUGUAUCUGCUCAGUCGCCAGCUCCCAGAGGGUGUGGCUCUGACUUGCUGCCUGUUUACUUCAAUCUGUGUGACCUGGAUGCUGUUUGGGGGAUUGUUCUGGAAGCCAUUGCUGCCGUGGGAAUUGUCAUCACGGUGAUAUUAAUUGUGGUUCUGUUGGGCAUCACUCCAUUCAUUCUCGACAAGAGGAAGAAAGCUUGUGUCCCUAUCCAAUUGCUGUUCCUAACCGGCACGCUGGGAAUUUUUGGCUUGACCUUCGCUUUCAUUAUCAAACUCGAUGAAAGAACGUGUCCAACCAGGCUAUUCCUCUGGGGAGUUCUCUUCACCAUCUGUUUCUCCUGUCUGCUGACCCAUGUCUGGAGGCUGCUGAAGUUGGUGCGUACAGGGGAAGGUCCCACAAUCUGUAACAUGAUCAGCUUGGUUCUGAUCCUGACUCUGGUGCAGGUCAUCAUUGCCAUUGAGUACCUAGUGCUUACCAUUGUCCGGUUCAGAAACUCCUGUUCUUAUGAGAACAAAGACUUUGUCAUGUUAUUGAUCUACGUUAUGUUCCUGAUGGCACUGACGUUCAUCCUUUCCAUCUUCACAUUUUGUGGCCAUUAUAAAAAAUGGAAGAAACACGGUGCCCACAUAUUCGUGACCAUGUUCUUCUCCAUAGCCAUCUGGGUGGUGUGGAUUGUUAUGUUUGUUCGUGGGAACGCAGCUUUGAACAGGAGUCCUGAGUGGGAUGAUCCCACACUCAGCAUCGCCCUGGUCGCCAAUGGCUGGGUCUUCAUCCUGUUGUACAUGCUUCCGGAAAUCCGACAUAUCACCUGCCCCGCAAAGUCCGAAGAUGAUCCACAAGACAGUGUUGCUCCAAGUCAGCACACCGGAGGAAUGAAGGGUCUGGAUAACCAAGUCUUCUUCUUGGAGGAGCCAAGCAGAGGAUUCUCUGGGAAUCUUGACGAUAACGUUCCCUCGCCUUCAUACCGCAGUCACUCACCCAUCAGUCACAACGUAUAUUCUGCACCACAGGAUUUCACAAUUCCUCGCCCUCAUGCCAGAUCCAGCUACCUUCCUACACCCCUCCUACAAGACCCUUACCUCAACUACCAGAACAGACAGACCACCUUCUAGUAUAUUACAGCCUCACAUAGAGGUAGCAGGCUGGUUUUGGUACAGAGCUUCCCACACCAUUCAGUCACUACUUCCAGCUGGAUUCCAACAAAAUUCUUCAGUUCCUGUUGAUAUUAACUUAUUGAUAUGGGAAACCUCUCUCCUUUAACGCGUGAAGUAUUUAGACAGCUGCCAACGAUCAUUCACUCAUUUCCUGGUUGCUGCUCAUUGGCAGGAAGUGCUGGAACUGUGAACCCGAUGGCUAAAAGCAUGGCUUUGUUCAUUGCUGAAUAUUCUGGGAAGAAGCUUCAUUUUAUAUAUCCAAUACUAAUUAUCAAUAACCAAAAAACUUGAUCAAAAUGAAUGUUUUAAUCUACAAUGACUUUGAUUAUCUACCCUGAAAUGUAUUUUGCUGCAUUGCACUCAUUCAAGUAGAUAUGCUACUGGCGGUGAUAUUCAAGUGUGUAACGGUUAGAAACACUAAGCUAGCAUAACCUUUUUAGCUUUACAGUUUUUUUUCUCACUCUUGCUUUCUAACAAACCUUUGGUUUCUCUCUGGCUGUAAAUCCAGUCUUUACUGUGUUUAUUGUUUUUUCCUUCGCUUUACCUGGUCUCUGACCACUCCCCUAUACCCCGCAGGGCAGUGGUGGACCAGACUGCCUUACUGCCCAAAUCAUUGAUAAUCUUGCUGUGUUUAGGAACUUUACCUUUUUCUCUACUUUGAUUUGUAACUCAUAACUGCCAGAUAUUUGUAAUCAGUGAAACUAGCCUCUCACUGGUGCUGGCUCUGUCUGCCUGAGUGUUAUUUCCCAUAUGUCACUGUUUGUGUGUUACUGCCUAUGGGUCAGAGGGAGAAGCGCCCAUUUCACCACCAAAUGCACUGAAAAACAAAACUGAACACUGACACCUGGUGUGUCUCCAUGUUCAGAAGCUGAAGACUGCACUAUAACCUCAAGACUCCAAAUCACAGGAGCACCAUCCCUGAGGACUGGGCUACCAGCUCAACACUGAGGCCUUGUGAACAAAACCCAUUCUCCCUUCGGUGAUUCAAACCGAGGGAUCACAAGCCAAAUUAAAGUUCUAUAAAUGAAAGGUCAGAGGUGACAUUGUACUGACACUCAUGCUCUCAGUGCUCCUCCACUUGGAGAAUUCAUGGAUAUACUUAAUGUACAACUGUCAGUUCUUUGUAAUGUUACGUAAAUAUUUAUUUUAAAUUACUUUGUUAAACUAAAGGGCAUUUUUGUAGAUUUAAUAAAGUUUAUUUAAAAAUUG